CUGGUGUCACAAGUUAACUUGGGAUCCAGCUGAGCACAUCAGAGGAACGAGCAAGCGCAUCACCAACGCAACACAUCAUCACGGCGGAUUUUGGGGCUUUUACACACAAUUUCACCUCUCUUUGGAACUGAAGAUAAUAUCUACAGGCAUGGACAGCAGACUGGUCUUCGCUGUGCUAUUUGCGACACUGUCCGGGAGUUUGGUGGUUACAGCAAACAUGACGACUUCGAGUAACACAACGAUUUUGGGUAACAUGAUGACUUUGGGUAACAUGACUUUGGGUAACAUGACGACUUUGGGUAACAUGACGACUUUGGGUAACAUGACGACUUUGGGUAACAUGACUUUGGGUAACAUGACGACUUUGGGUAACAUGACGACUUUGGUUAACAUGACUUUGGGUAACAUGACGACUUCGGGUAACAUGACGACUUUGGUUAACAUGACUUUGGGUAACAUGACGACUUUGGGUAACAUGACGACUUUGGGUAACAUGACGACUUUGGGUAACAUGACGACUUCGGGUAACAUGACGAGUCCAACAAACGCGACAGGAAGCGGCAUCACAGUGGAAGCUCUGCAGACACCUCUUUCUCGGACCGCAUGUGGUGUUACGGUGCUUUGUGUGGCUGAGCCCUCAAGCUGUGACCCCUCCACAAGUUCCUGUUUCUUUCUGAAUGCCAAGCAGACUGUUGGCAACGGUAAUAACUUUGAGUUUGGGCUCUCUGGACAGUCGGACGGCUACAUUGCCGCCACCUUUUCACAGGACGCCAUACUGGGAGGAAAUGACCCAACCUAUGUCUGCGCAAAUAACGGAGGUGUUGUUAAAUUCUUCACCACAUUCCUCAACAAUGGCCAGCUGACUGUGACAAAUCUGAGUGUGAACUCUGUGAAAGGCAAAGUCAAUGGAAGUAAUAUCCAGUGUACAUUUGGUGCCACUGUACCAGACCAAGCUGCAAGAGCCGUCGGUGUUACACUUGCAGUCUCCAAUGGAACUUUCAACAGCACUAGUGGUGCCCUGGGAAGCCCAAUGACAAGAAUACAAGGUUUUGUAGACCUGGCAAAUCCCAACUCCACUAUCACUAACACAAACACCACCAGCCACGCCAUUACAUUCCAACAAUCUCUGACACAAGUUGUGCUGCUCACUGUGGGUGUGCUCAGUCUGCCCACGUUCUGAGGAAACUGCAACCCCCAAGACGAGAAACUAUGGAAAACCAUAACCGCCACGCUUAAUUUACUGACAUUUACUGAAAGUUGAAGUGAGGGAGGGUGAUCAGACUUCUGAAGGCUUUAUGAAAAAAACUGUAUGAUCACACAUUCAGGUAAAAACUUGAUGAUGCAACAGUAACCACUGAAGAAAUCCUUAUUUUCAACAAAUUAUGAUGCCGUGAAUCAUCUUAUCCAGUUUCCAGCUUCAACAUGUACAGAUGUGAUAUUAUUGAAGACCAAUUACUUUUGCAGGCAAAGAAAUGUCUUUUUCUCUCUAAUGUCACCGAAAACUGUACUAGCAAAUAACAGGCAUUUGUGUUUUCUUUCAUGUUGUUUUUUGUUAUUCUUUUUCAUGUGACUGUAUUGUUGAUUAACAAAACGUUUUAAUGAAGCCUUCAUUGGCUGAUAUUUUAUCAAUGUGCAAGAACGCAAGCAGAUGAGCAGUUGCAUAUAGACAAUGCUAUUUAUAAUACCAAAUAUCGGUGAAAUUGGUUUUGCACAUUGUAUUAUGUAACAGUCGAUGCUUGAUUAGAUUUUUGAAAUAAACAUUGUGUAAACUGAUUAUGUUAGUGGCUUUAAUACACAGUCCCAGGACUGUAUCCCCAACAGUUAGAGACCAACAUCUGAACCUUUAGUAACAAACAUUUUGUGUUCCAAAACUCGUCGAGUUAUUUUGGGACGACUGCUUUUAACUGGUUACAGUUCUUAAUAGUCAGAGUGUCUGUUAAAUUACUCUUGGACAAAAUACUGUGAACAUACUGUGGCAUAGAUCAAGCCAGCUAUUUUAAAGACAAAGCAGAUUUGGAUUUUUUAAAGUUAAUAGUUGUUGCAAUAAUUUCUGUUCACCAGACCUGCAAAACCUGUAUAUGCAUUUGAGAACCAAAAUGUACUAUUGUGGAAGUUAAUUUUGGAAUAAAAGGCAAUUCCGCGAGUUGAGAA